AUGUCUGACGCACUCGGGAAGCUCUACCAUAACAAGUCUGGCCAGUGUCUGGAGCGCAUCAAAACGAACCAGACUACUCUGCAGACGCUCCAAGCAAUGAUCGCACACGGCAUCUUUGGGUUUUCUCAUCGUGAAGAAUGGGGAGCUGGAUUAAUAACUCACAUCGGCUCGAUCGUGCGUCUGGCGAUGAGGCUGGGAUUGCACCGGGAUCCGUCCCAGUUCUCCAACCUGUCGCCCUUUGAGGGAGAGGUGCGCCGGAGGAUCUGGAGCACCAUCGACCAGAUUGACUGCCUGUCGUCCUUUCAUCUUGGCAUUCCAACGGCCGUCCGGUCGGAGGACUCUGAUACAGACCCGCCGCGCAACCUCCUUGAUACCGACAUAGAAGAAGGCAUGUCCGAAUUGCCACCUUCAAGGCCCUUUUCGGCAAGUGUCCCAAUCGGUUAUUUACUAGCCAAGCUUAAACUUUCUCGAGUGAUGAGACGGGUCGUCGAAUUCCUGAAUUCCGUACAGCGGCAGCCCUAUGAGAGGGUCCUACAACUCGACAGUGACCUGAUGGAGGCUUAUCGGUCGAUUCCUCCCCAUUUGCAACUGAAUAACUGGCACAAUGCGCCAAACGAACCUGCAUAUGUCCUGGUGCAGAAAGUCCAGUUAGACACGCUUUACCAUCAAGCAGUUACCGCACUGCAUCGGAAGUACCUCCAAGAGGCCCGGAAGAACCCCACGUUUGCUCUUUCUCAGCAAAGAAGCAUUGAUUCGUCCAUGACGCUACUCCGACAUCAGGCUACCAUAUACAGGGAGGCCCAGCCGGGAGGGUGUUUUAGCAACUUCCAUGGGUACACUAUCACUCCUGACAGUGCGAACUUUAGCCUGGCUGCGAUGGUACUGUGCUUAUAUCUGCAAUACUGGACGCGAACAGACCAGCGGGUUCCUUCGCAAAUAGAUGGUCGUAUCGAGGAGAUAUUCCAGGCUCUCGACACUUCGCGCCAGAUUUGGAACAACCUGGCUGGUGAGAAUCAUGAAGCAGGCAAGGUUGGACUCGUGCUUGACACAAUGCUGGAGCUAUUACGGCCGAAACUUGGCCUUCCAGAUCGACUUGCGCCGGCCGUUGACGUGCCAGUCUUAGUGGAUGGCGAAAGGGGCCUUCCUCAAGAUCCCACCCACAGUGGUCAGCCUGCGUCUAUUUCUGAUGUAGAACUUUAUACAUACGAAGAUGAUGCAAAGGACUCCAACAUGAAUACGGUUGAACUUAAUUGGGAUGCUUGGGAUUCAUUUGUACAAGCAGGCGACUUUGAGACUGCGUAUGAGAGCCUUCUUCUCGGCCAGGACUCAACAUUCCCAAUCGACGAGCUUCUCGACCCGAGUACUUCCUCGACUGUCUAG